CACAAAUAGGGACGAGGGGGCGGGGCGGCCACAAUUUCGCGCCAAACUUGACCGCGCGUUCUGCUGUAACGAGCGGGCUCGGAGGUCCUCCCGCUGCUGUCAUGGUUGGUUCGCUAAACUGCAUCGUCGCUGUGUCCCAGAACAUGGGCAUCGGCAAGAACGGGGACCUGCCCUGGCCACCGCUCAGGAAUGAAUUCAGAUAUUUCCAGAGAAUGACCACAACCUCUUCAGUAGAAGGUAAACAGAAUCUGGUGAUUAUGGGUAAGAAGACCUGGUUCUCCAUUCCUGAGAAGAAUCGACCUUUAAAGGGUAGAAUUAAUUUAGUUCUCAGCAGAGAACUCAAGGAACCUCCACAAGGAGCUCAUUUUCUUUCCAGAAGUCUAGAUGAUGCCUUAAAACUUACUGAACAACCAGAAUUAGCAAGUAAAGUAGACAUGGUCUGGAUAGUUGGUGGCAGUUCUGUUUAUAAGGAAGCCAUGAAUCACCCAGGCCAUCUUAAACUAUUUGUGACAAGGAUCAUGCAAGACUUUGAAAGUGACACGUUUUUUCCAGAAAUUGAUUUGGAGAAAUAUAAACUUCUGCCAGAAUACCCAGGUGUUCUCUCUGAUGUCCAGGAGGAGAAAGGCAUUAAGUACAAAUUUGAAGUAUAUGAGAAGAAUGAUUAAUAUGAAGGUGUUUUCUGGUUUAAGUUGUUCCCCCUCCCUCUGAAAAAAAUACCAUUUAUGAGACAUUCUUGCUAUAACUAAGUGCUUCUCCAAGACCCCAACUGAGUCCCCAGCACCUGCUACAGUGAGCUGCCAUUCCACACCCAUCACAUGUGGCACUCCUGCCAGUCCUUGACAUUGUCGGGCUUUUCACAUGUUGGUAACAUUUAUUAAAGAUGAAGAUCCACAUACCCUUCAACUGAGCAGUUUCACUAGUGGAAAUACCAAAAGCUUCCUACGUGUAUUUCCAGAGGUUUGUAGAUAAAUGUUGCCGCCUUGUUUGUAACAGUGAAAAAUUGAAAACAACCUGGAAGUCCAGUGAUGGGAAAAUGAGUAUGUUUCUGUCUUAGAUUGGGGAACCCAAAGCAGAUUCCAAGACUGAAAUUUCAGUGAAAGCAGUUUAUUUGCUAGGUCAUACCAGAAAUCAUCAAUUGAGGUAUGGAGAAACUGAACUGAGAAGGUAAGAAAAGCAAUUUAAAGUCAGCGAGCAGGUUCUUAUCGGUAACAAGCUCCCUACUGCUGAGAUACAGGGAAAUGGAGGGGAGAAAGCUGGAGUAUUGAUCCCGCCCCCCUCCUUGGUUGUCAGCUCCCUGUCCUGUGUGUGGGCGGAACAUACUCUAGCUGCUCUAUAGCAAGUCCCAGGUGUUUGCAGUAAGAAGCUGCUGGCAUGCACGGGAACAGUGAAUGCCAAACACUUAAAGCAAUUCGAUGUUUAAGUAUGUAAGUUCUUUUUUUUUAGACAGCGUUUCGCUCUUGUUGCCCAGGCUAGCAUGCAAUGGUGUGACCUCGGCUUACUGCAACCUCCGCCUUCCCAGAUUCAAGCGAUUCUCCUGCCUCAGGCUCCCAAGUAGCUAGGACCAGGCGUGUGCCACCACGCCCAGCUAAUUUUUGUAUUUUGUAUUUUUAGUAGAGAUGGGGUUUCACCAUGUUGGUUAGGCUAGUCUCAAACUCGUGACCGCAAGCGAUUCACCCACCUCAGCCUCCCAAAGUGCUGGGAUUACCGGCUUGAGCCACCACACCCGGCACAUCUUCAUUCUUUUUAUGUAGUAAAAAGUAUAAGGCCACACAUGGUUUAUUUGAAGUAUUUUAUAAUUUAAAAAAAUACAGAAGCAGGAAAACCAAUUCUAAGUUCAAGUGAGGGAUGAUGGUUGCUUGAACCAAAGGGUUGCAUGUAGUAAGAAAUUGUGAUUUAAGAUAUAUUUUAAAGUUAUAAGUAGCAGGAUAUUCUGAUGGAGUUUGACUUUGGUUUUGGGCCCAAGGAGUUUCAGAUGCCUUUGAGAAAUGAAUGAAGUAGAGAGAAAAUAAAAGAAAAACUAGCCAGGCACAGUGGCUCACACCUGUAAUCCCAGUGCUUUGGGAGGCUAAGGCAGGCAGAUCACUUGAGACCAGCUUGGGCAACAUGGCAAAGCCCCAUCUCUACAAAAAACACAAAAAUUAGCUGGGCAUUGUGGCGCACACCUGUAUUCCCAUCUACUCAGGAAGCUGAGAUGGAAGAAUUAAUUGAGCCCACGAGUUCAAGGCUGCAGUGAGUCGUGAUUGUGCCACUGCACUCCAGCCGGGGUGACAGAAGAGACCUUGUCUCGAAAAGGAAUCUGAAAACAAUGGAACCAUGCCUUCAGAAUUCUAGAAAGUUAUUUUCAACUGAUAAAUCUAUAUUCACCCAAAUAAUCAAGGGUGAAGGUAAAAUAAUACAUUUUUAGACAAGCAAAGACUCAGGGGUUACCUCCAUGUACCCUUUUUAGGGAUGCUGUUGGAGAAAAUACUCCAGCAAAAUGAAGGAGUACACAAACCAGAGAAUGACAUGAAUCCAGCAAAUAGGAUCCAACACAGGCAAUAUUCCAGCUAUGGAGCUAGCUUUAAAAAGGAACAGUAAAAAUAUUAAUCGGUUAGCUGGGUGGAAUGGCCCAUGCCUGUAGUCCCAGCUACUCAGGAGGCUCAGCAGCAGGACAACUUGAGCCCAAGAGUUCCAGACCAGCCUGGCCACCUUAGUGAGAUCCCUUCUCUUAAAAAUAAUAACUUAUUGCCAGAUUUGGGGCAUUUGGAAAGAAGUUCAUUGAAGAUAAAGCAAAAGUAAAAAAAAAAAAAAAACAAGGGGAAAGGGUUGGUUAGGCAAUCAUUCUAGGGCAGAAAGAAGUACAGGAUAGGAAGAGCAUAAUACACUGUUUUUCUCAACAAGGAGCAAUAUGUACACAGUCAUAAUGAUGUGACUGCUUAGCCCCUAAAUAUGGUAACUACUCUGGGACAAUAUGGGAGGAAAAGUGAAGAUUGUGAUGGUGUAAGAGCUAAAUCCUCAUCUGUCAUAUCCAGAAAUCACUAUAUAAUAUAUAAUAAUGAAAUGACUAAGUAGUUAUGUGAGGAAAAAAACAGAAGACAUUGCUAAAAGAGUUAAAAGUCAUUGCUCUGGAGAAUUAGGAGGGAUGGGGCAGGGGACUGUUAGGAUGCAUUAUAAACUGAAAAGCCUUUUUAAAAUUUUAUGUAUUAAUAUAUGCAUUCACUUAAAAAACUAAAAAAAAUAAUAAUAAUUUGGAAAAACCCAUGAAGGUAACUAACGGAAGGAAAAACUAAGAAUGAAAAGUAUUUGCCUCUGGAAAGAACAACUGGCAGGACUGUUGUUUUCAUUGUAAGACUUUUGGAACCAUUUAAUUGUACUUAACCAUUUUCAUCUAUUAUUUCUUUAAUAAGAACAAUUCCAUCUUAAUAAAGAGUUACACUUGUUCAUAA